AUGUCGAAGCAAAACUCCACAAGAGUCGCCAAUGGCACCGAUGCUGUGCCGAGCUACCUGCUCACGGGCAAGGUCGCUAUCGUGACCGGAUCCGGACGGGGAAUGGGCCGUGAAACAGCACUGGAACUAGCCCGCCGCGGCGCCGACGUGGUGGUCAACUACGCGAACAGCUCGAAAGCGGCAGACGAGCUGGUAGCAGAGAUCAAAGCGCUCGGCCAAGACUCGAUCGCGGUCAAGGCCAACGUGUCGGACGUGGCGCAGAUCAUCGAGAUGUUCGCCGAGGCGAAGAAACACUUUGGCAAGAUCGACAUUGUGGUGUCGAACUCGGGGGUGGUGACGUUCGGACACCUGAAGGACGUGACGGAGGAGGAGUACGACCGCGUGUUCGCCAUCAACACGCGCGGACAGUUCUUCGUGGCGCGCGAGGCGUACAAGAACCUCGAGGUCGGCGGCCGCAUCAUCCUGAUGGGCUCCAUCACGGGCCAGGCCAAGGGCGUGCCCAAACACACCGUCUACUCCGGGUCCAAGGGCGCCAUUGAGACCUUUGUGCGCUGCAUGGCCAUCGACUGCGGCGACAAGAAAAUCACCGUCAACGCCGUCGCCCCCGGCGGCAUCAAGACGGACAUGUACCAUGCCGUCUGUAGAGAAUAUAUCCCCAACGGCGCCAACUUGUCGGACGACCAGGUCGACGAGUACGCCGCUACCUGGUCCCCGCUGCACCGUGUCGGCCAGCCCAUCGAUGUCGCUCGCGUCACGGCUUUCCUGGCCUCUCAGGACGGAGAGUGGAUCAAUGGAAAGAUCCUGGGCGUUGAUGGUGCUGCAUGCAUGUAA